UCGAGUGAUCACUGUCCCAACGUGCAGUGAGUCAGGGAACUUACCAGUGCCCGAAUUCGUGUACACGAUCUACUGAUUCACGAGCUAGGGAGCUGAUUGAGACGCACCCUAAGAUUACGCUCCUAUUAAAUCAAGGUUAUUUAAACAUCAGGGUUUUCCUUGAAUUCCUUUCAAGUGAGUACACAUGCAGUAUUGUCAGUCAUUUUUGCUGUGGCGCGUGACACCAGAAGGCUCAUACCAACACAAACCUGUCUCACCUGUUACACACUUAUCUCUCCUUCUCAGGGUAUAACGUGUCUUGACUAGCUGAGAAUUUUUUUUUUACCAACAAUGCUAAUGUUUGACUAGAAAGAAGGAGGUCCAACAAAGCUUUUGCUGUCUCUGGAUUGUGUAAUGCCACUAAAUCAAGCAGGGAUUCCAUGACACUUUGAGAACUGAACAGAAUCUUCAUUGUCAGACUUGGUGCUCUAAACACAGCUUUCAAGGGGCCAUGGAGGUGCUUGUGCUUCUGGACUUUGAGGCGACAAUGUCAGAUGAGUUGACGGUGCAUGUGGGAGAUGUGGUGAAGAACGUCUCAAAGGGUAAAGAGGAAGGGUGGCUGGAAGGAGAGCUGAGAGGAAAGAGAGGCAUGUUUCCUAGCAACUUUGCCAAGGAAGUGCCUGUUUACUUAAUAGGGGACAGCAACAGAGAGCCAAGAAGCAUGAGGAAAUUGAAGAAACCAAAGGUACAGACGAGGAAAUGUGAGGUGGCUUUUCCCUACACCUCCGCGCACGAGGACGAGCUGGAGCUGGUUGUCGGGGAGACCAUCGAGAUUCUCAGAGAGAUUGAAGAUGGGUGGUGGAUGGGAAAGAAAAAUAACCAAAUAGGAGCCUUUCCAUCAAAUUUUGUCAAGGAAAUUUUUGUCCCUUCAAAAGAUGGCAAGACAACUGAAGUCAAAUCCAGGCCUAAACUCUCUGAAGCUGUCUUCAAUAAAGAGGGAAAAGUACAACAGAGACCAAGUUUAAGGAGAAAAACAUCAAGUGUGAAGGAAUGUUGUCAGGUCAUGUUCGACUACAAAGCUGUUGCCGAAGACGAGUUAAACCUGAAGAAGGGAGACGUCAUAGCAAUCAUCAACAAGUCCACUGAGGACGAGGGCUGGUGGGAGGGGGAACUGAACGGACGCAGGGGCUUUUUUCCUGAUAACUUCGUCAUGGUGAUCCCAGCGGAUGCUCUUCAUACUGGAAAUGCAGGUCAGCCACCGGUGAGACAUGGCUCUCUGAAAAACGCAGUGAACCAGAUGCCAGUGAUGGACCAGAACAGCUCUGACACGAACACAAAGACGGAGACUAAACGUAAUAAUUCUGAACACACCUGUGACAAACCGGACACUAAAGACCUUCGAAGUGACCCACCUGGUAAAAUUAAGUUGCCCGGUCUGCACAAACCACCCGUUCCACCACCACCAGUGAAGGAGAAGCCCAUAAAACUAGUACCAAAAAAUGAAGAGCCACAACCUGUCUCACCUAAACAACAGCCCCCAGCUUCGCCAGUACAGAAAGAGGUUAAAGAGAAGACCCCUGACCAGUUUGACGGUGUAGAUGUAUCCUCGGAGAAACUGAGCCAUCCCACAGCCAACAGAGCCAAACCUCCACAGAGAAGACCACCAACAGCCCUCACCUCUGACGCACAAGUUCCAGCUGAAAUUGACCACAAUGAAACUUCAGAAGAGAAAGAUGGAUUACCACAAACUAUUCCAGAGGGUACAGAACCUCAGUCAUCACCUUCCACCAAGACAGAGCAGGUAGCUAAAACCACGUCACCACCCAAGACACCGCCUGAAAGCAAAGCUGUGGCUCAGGAGGAGAGCACAUCACUGGCCUCUGUGCUGACAGAGCUCAAAGAUAUCCGCAUGUCACUGGAUCUCCUCAAAGCACAGCACGAGAGAGACAUAAAGGAGCUUAAAGAUGAACUGAAGGAUGAGACGGAAAAACGAACGAGAUUACAGGAUGAGGUGGAGGCUCUGAGGAAAAAACAGUGAACAUUGAACACCAGGAGUAUUUCACUACCCCCCGUGGUCCUUCUCUGGGACAUGGACAUAAAGGCUACAGAACAACGAUGUUGGGGGAAUGGAAAUCCAGCACAUGUGACUGAUUGAUUGAUGAAUUCCUGGUUGAGUGGACCAGAAGCCAGAGCUUAAAUCAGAGAGCAGAACUACAAAAGACUUCUGGUUUUCUCAUAUACUGCUUAUCAGCUCAUUUGGUUGUGGGAGUCCUCGGCAUUCAUUUCUUAAGACAUAUGUGCAUUUUGAAAUGUGUAAAUAUCAGACAUCCAAUAUCUUAUAUUUUCAUGGAAAUUCAGGGAUAAUGUAAGGCCGUAUUUUAAGGUAUUAACACACUUUCUAUUAUUAAUAUAUUUCUGUUUUGUGGUUGUAUUCUGUAACAAAUAAAUCAAUAAAUAGUUCCACUUGUUUUUGCUCCAAGCCUGAUUUACCCAGAGAUGUUCUGAUAAACAUGUGCUGGCAUCUUUUUUAAUGCAUAAAUGUUUCGUCUGUGUUAAGAUAAUGAAACAAGAUGGCUUUAUUUUUGUGAGUGAAAUAUAUCAGUGACGUACAAAUACAGAACUGGUAUCACUUUUAUGAACGUAGCAUAUUAAAAUAUUAAUUUUCUUUUCAUAACCCCUAUAACCUGAUUGAAGAGAAUCUUAUGAAAUUACACAAAACACAAUCCGAUUGGUUCCAGAUCAUUUGUGAUGAAUUAUAACACAGCAAAUGCUGUUUAAAAGCUCUUUGCUUGUCAAAAAACUGAAUCUGAAAGUCCAUUUUCCCUUUGUGAAGAUGUGAUGUGAGACUGGUGUGGAUUUAGUUUCCCUUUAGACUGAAAACAGCAUCUGGAAAGCAUGUGGAACACAUUAGCUCCUCAUAGUCUGACUAAUCAUUGGGAAUGGACAGUAUUUAAUGACAUGCAGACUAAUUCCAAAUAAUAGAAAUAUGUAGGUUGAAUUACAGUGAUGACAGUACCAUCAAUCAAAACAAAUUUGUGACUUUUUUUGGGGCUCAUCUGUGAUGUCAUGAUGGUUCUAUACAUAUUAGGUGUCCUAUGAGCAGUUCUCAAGUUUGAGAUUAUGAGUUUAUGAGCAGUUCUCAAAUUUGAGAUUAU